GUGACAGCCAAUAGGAGCAGGGAAAGGGGUCCCGGGAUACGAAGAAACGGCGGCCGGGAGGGGGCUACUGGGACAUGGGGCUUCUGACCAUACUGAAGAAGAUGAAGCAGAAAGAGCGGGAGCUGCGACUGCUCAUGCUGGGCCUGGACAAUGCCGGCAAGACGACCAUCCUCAAGAAGUUCAACGGCGAAGACAUCGACACCAUCUCCCCCACACUAGGCUUCAACAUCAAGACCUUGGAGCACCGAGGAUUCAAGCUGAACAUUUGGGAUGUGGGCGGCCAGAAGUCCCUGCGGUCCUACUGGCGAAACUACUUUGAGAGCACCGACGGCCUCAUCUGGGUGGUGGACAGCGCCGACCGCCAACGCAUGCAGGACUGCCAGCGGGAGCUCCAGAACCUGUUGGUGGAGGAGCGCCUGGCCGGAGCGACCCUUCUCAUCUUUGCCAACAAGCAAGACCUGCCCGGAGCACUGUCCUCUAACGCCAUCCGCGAGGCCCUGGAGCUGGACUCUAUCCGUAGCCACCACUGGUGCAUCCAGGGCUGCAGCGCCGUCACCGGGGAGAACCUGCUGCCUGGCAUCGACUGGCUCCUGGAUGACAUCUCCAGCCGCAUCUUCAUGGCCGACUGAGCCGCUCCUGAUGCCCCCCCCACUCAGCUCACAGUCUAGGCACCCCCCACCCCGCCACCAAGCACCAUCCCUGGAAGGGUGGGAGUCCGCCAGCCCAACUAACAGCCCCCGCCCCCCUCCAUACCCUGCUGCUGCUACUGCUGCCCACUGCUGCCCUGUGGCCAGCCGGCUCCCGAGGCGGGAGGCCUGUCACCCUGGCUGUACCCCUGGCUCCUGACCCGGCCCGCCUGCAGCUGCGGGACCAGGAAGAGAGGGCUGUGGCUGGGAGGGGGCUGCCUCUGCUGCUAUCGAGGCUGUGGGCCUCACCAUUUGCUCAGCUGUGAGAAUAAAUUGUUCCCC